AUGCCUGGAGAUGAUUCAUCUUCAACCUCCACGGCCAUACUUGCCCCCACCACCACAGCAAUACCUACUCAUUCCCCAUAUUUCUUACAUGCCUCCGACCAGCCAGGCACUGCACUUGUCACCCCUGUCCUUAAUGGUGAUAAUUUCCCGACCUGGCAUCGUGCCAUGGUCAUGGCAUUGGAGGCUAAGAAUAAACUGCAAUUCCUUGAUGGUUCUUUGCCCAAACCCGAUUCUGAUUCUACUGAUCUCUCGCACUGGACUCGCUGCAAUAGCAUGGUGAGAUCUUGGAUUCUUCAUUCCAUUGUUCCUAAUAUUGCUCACAGCAUACUUUGGAUCGACUCUGCUCGAGAUGCCUGGCUCGAUCUCCAUGAUCAUUUUUCCCAGAAGAAUGCACCAUGGAUUUUUGAAAUCCGCAAGUCCAUCUCCACUUUGAGUCAGGGUCUUGACUCCAUUUCUGCAUAUUAUACUAAACUGAAAAGUCUUCGUGAUGAGCUUUCUUCAUAUAGGGCUAUGCCCACUUGUACUUGUGGUACUGCUGCCACUCUUCAAGGCCAUGUCAAGUCUAAUUCCUUAAUGGAUUUUCUGCAAGGUUUUACGUGA